AUGAGUUCAUUGUAUUAUGCGAAUGCUUUGUUUUCCAAAUAUCAAGCUGCAAAUUCGGUUUUCCCAACCGGAGUAUUUCCAGAGCAAACUUCUUGCGCGUUUGCGCCCAGUUCUCAGCGAACCAGCGGCUAUGGCUCGGGGUCCGGUGGCACUGCCUUCUCCUCAGUGUCGGGGGUGUACAGCAGCGGUGGGAACAUGCACCCCCAGAACCAGAGCAUGUACCCCGCCGGUUAUGGCCUCAAUGCCGGGUCUUUCAACAUGCACUGCUCACCCUUUGAUCAGAACAUGUCCAUGAUGUGCACCGGAGACCCAUCCAAGCAGUCAAUUUGUGGCAAAGCUGAGCACGGGGACUGCGAUCAGCAGAAUGAGGGCAACUUCCGGAUCUACCCUUGGAUGAGAAGUACAGGUGUUGACAGAAAGCGCGGCCGACAGACCUAUACGCGCUUCCAAACUCUGGAGCUUGAGAAGGAGUUCCACUUUAAUCGCUACUUGACCAGACGGAGACGCAUCGAAAUCGCUCACGCACUCAACCUCUCCGAGCGCCAGAUCAAAAUUUGGUUCCAGAAUAGGCGCAUGAAAUGGAAGAAAGAGAAUAAGAUCACAGACCAGGGCUCUCCUAAUGAAGAUAAACCUGGUGGAGAUGAAGAGGAAGAGGAUGAAGAGUAGCGAAGGUGUCUCCUUAUCGUAGGAAAAUAGAAAAUUGAAUAGUAGACUGAUACUCGCCCGCCGCAUUUUGUACGACACUGAGCAUAAUACUACCUACAAUGGUAAUUUUGUAAAGUUAGGGAUUGAUACUAAAUCUGCCUAUGAAAUUAUCUUUUUAAUAAAUCAAUAAAUCUAUAGUUAAUUUGUUUUCGUAUGUUGUGAUAGUAGUUGUUGCUUGUGUCCUACUUUCUAAAUUGAAAUUGUCAUGUGUCCGGACCUAUCAGUCUAAUUCGAAAAGGGAUCGUAUGGACAACUACAUAUUCUAAUGUACAUAAAUGUGUUCUGUGCUUGUCGAUUUUGUAACUUUUGCGUGCUAGUGUAUCUUCUUUGUUUUCUCUUAUAAUAGUACAUUUUCUGGUAUUUUUUGUUUGCAUAGCCUAUUUUGUGUACA